AUGGCCUCUUUGUACGGUAUAAACUGCUUCCAGACUCGCACGGAACGAGCUGAAGAUAGUGGCAAGACGCUGCCCACGGAACUCGUCUCCCUCGUUGUUCAAGAACUGCUCUACGACCGCAAGUCGCUGAACACCUGCGCCUCGACGUGCAGGCGGUGGCGCUCCAUCGCGCUCCCCUUCCUCCUCCCUCGUCUCUGUCUGCCUGAUUCCAUCAACUUCCUGCGCGCAUACCAAUUCUUUGUGCUUGACGCGCCACGCGACGGCACCGGCAUCGGGCAGUCCGUUCGCGAGAUAGUGGUCGACCCACACUUCUCCUUGUCGCACCUCGUUUCAGAGUCUUCGACGCCUGUGUGGCACGAUCGGCAUUGCAUGCUCGCAUUCCUCCGCGCGUUCCCCAAGCUGAAAGCCCUCCACUGCACCUUAGCCGUAGCGAGUCUUGUCUCUUCAUAUCUUCCACGAUCUUCGAUCACCACGCUCGAUCUGCACGGCUGGCGGUACGACAUCCUCAGCUUCACCAAGCUCCUCCGUGCAGCAGCGGGAACACUGCGCAGCUUGACGCUCAAAGACAUCCGAUUUCCCAAGCGCAACGGUGGCAAAGUCCACACAUUCUCCCCGCUCCAGAUGCCAAAUGUGAAGACAUUGCGGCUGGACAGCUGUGAUAUGCCGUUUACGGCCUCCCUGCCGGCUUCAGUGAAGACGUUGGUGAUUCAACGGGAACAGGUCCCUGCACAUACAGCUACGGACACGGACACGGGCAACCUGCUUAGUACUGCCAACGUUGUUAUAGUAUGCCGGCCUACUGACUGGCUCAGACGCAGCCUCCAACACACAAUCACCCGAAUCUGCGUCCCAUCCAGUAUCAAGCACCUCGAGCUGGUCCUCCUCGGCGUCGGUAAUAUCAUCAUCCACCCAUCUUCAACCCUCGCCGACCAUUUCGCAUUCCUACAGGAAGACGGGCUCGAAGAGUGGGUUACUCGUCUCCACAAAGGCGGGUUGUUGGAACGGUUGACCAUAACGGCUGAUCGAAGUCACCCCCCGUUCCUGCAAGAGCUCCGGGAUCGAUUUCCUUUGCUGCAGCGCCUUGGAAUACUGGACAUUCAGACGGAAUCACCGUCGGUCCUGGCUCCCCCGCGUCUUCGGGACGUGGUCGUGGACUCGUAG